ACUACUCCAAAGUUUGUGAACCUCCGCUCAGUCGACGGAAAGAAGAAAAGAAUUCCAGUGUACUGUUGAACGGAUGCAGCGUGCCAAAACAACGCGUAUUGAGAUUGUUUUGAUUCACAAGUUUGAAGGGGCUGGAACUAUGAAGAAAAAACGCUUAGAACGAAACCGUGCUACAUUGCUGGAUGAAACACGCCAUUGCGCAUGAAUUUGGUGCCGAAAUCCUCCGAUAUUCCCGCUUAUUGAAGUGAAGCACAUAAUAGCUCUGUGUAUGAUAAGACCAUGCUGCCAACCGACUAACUUUACCUUACUUCAUCAACUGCUCCAUCAGGCAACACGUGUUUACAAUUGAGAUGACAAACAAAGCUGGAGGGACCGGAUUAUUUGCGAGUGUUGGGUACCCACUCGAGGUCGUCACAAGGUUUUCCUUGCUGGGUGUAUGCUAUGCAUUAUGCUAGGUCGCAGGAUUGUAUCUUUGCAAAAAAAAGAUACAAGUUUCAAGAGAUCGUCGUCGUUGGUAUGUUGUACAGGCUGAGUGCUGAGUGAAUGUAGCAUGGAAAAUGUCAGUGCCGGUACACGUGGAGAUGUCUUAAAAGCAAGUAAAGUUCGUUCGCAAACACAUUUGAGCGACCCAAACACAAUGGAGUCUUUUCAAGAUGGUGGACAGCAAAAUAUGAACUCUGAACACAAUGAGUACCCUUCACCCAUGGAAGGAUCGCACAUGAAUCCUGAUAUGAAUAACUUUUCUCCGGGUCCAGGAGAAGGUUCUUUGGGCCCAGAUGGAAUGCAUUCUAUGCCUAAUUACAGUGGUUAUGGCAGAAGUAGCUACGGCAUGAGUGAUCAACAUGGCGGCAUGAUGUCAGGAAAUGUUGAAUACAGUAGUCAAAACUCGCAGUAUUCUGGUCAGUUUUCGCAGAAUUCAGUAAGACCUUCAUACACAGGUAUGCCAAAACCAGGCAUGCCGGCGGUACGUCCUGGAAUGAUGCCUCCAGGGAUGGGAAUGAUACCAGGUACCUACAAUUCUAAUCAAAGGAUGAUGUCUGGCCAAGGAAUUACACAGCAGAGCGGACCAACUCCAACGCUGAAUCAGUUACUGCAGAGUCAGAGCACUGGACAGAGAUUUUCUAAUAACUAUGGAGAUUUUUCUAGUGGACAAGGGAAAAGUAAUGAUUUAGGAGGACCUACAUAUCCAGGCAUGGGCAGUCAGCAAGGAUGGAAUGGAAGUCCUCGCUCUUUGGGGCCAUACUCGCAAGGGCCGAUGCAAGGAACGCCUUACAGAAAUCAGGGAGGGACUAUACCAGAGAAUCGGCGGCCAAGUGGAAUGGCUCCAGGACCAGGUCCAGGAGGGGGUCCAGGAUAUCCGCACCAGAGUCAGUACAUGAGCCCUGCCAUGGCUGCUAAUGCACAGCGCUAUAUGAUGGGACAGGUGCGACCAGGUCAUAUCCCUAUGUCAGGGCACAGCUACAGUCCACAGGUUCAAGGUUCCCAGUAUGCUCCCUCACAUAGUCAAAUGAACUAUAGUCCCUCUAUGCCUAACCAGUCCUCCCAGCCACCCAGCCAACAACAGCAGCAGCAGCACCAGCAGAUGUAUCAUGGUCAACAACAGCAACCACAGCCCCCAGGACAGCCACCGCCUCAGACUUCCCCAACACCAGGCCAGCAGCAACAAUCGUCAUCCCACCGGCCACCAUCAUCACAUUCUCAGGGACCGUCACCCAGGCAGGCUUCGCCAGCCCCAUCUGGAAUAGCAGAUCAAAAUUCUAAUCAUAGCACUAGCAGUAAAAAAUCUGAAGACAACCCAGAGUCACAUAUGGAUAGUUCCAAUGUUGAGGAGGCAAAUGGAGAAAAUUCCAGAGGGACUCCAAACUCAGGAACAUCUCAGUCUCAUGUAGGUGUGUCCAGCUCUAGGCCAUCCUCCUCUCCUGUUGGUUCUUCGGGGUCUCGCUCCAACACACCAGCACCAAUUCCUGGCACUCAGUCAGGUAGUCCUAUGCCCCCUAGGCCUCCAUCAAGUCAUCUAGAAGGUCAGAAUCGCCUCAGUCAUUCACCUAUGGCUACACAAGGUUUUAAUCAACCAAUGAUGCCACCACCAAUGCCCGGUCAGAUGGGCUAUGGACCAGGUUCUGGAGGCAAAAUGGCUGCUUCCACAAUGUCCAGUGGUCAGAUGCCACCCCAUUACCCACCAUACAAUUCACAAUAUCCACAAGGUAACUAUGGUCGGCAGCAGAACAUGCCAGGUAUGCCAGCUGGAGGCCCUGGACCUGGCAUGCAAGGAAACUACCCGCAGUCUAUGUACAACGGUCCAGGUAGUCAAAUGGGACCCGGUCCAAACAUGUACAAUAAUAUGAUGAGUCGAGGCAUGCAGAGCUAUGGUGGUCCAUAUGGACCAGGCAAUCUAGGCAUGAACAGUCAGUAUGGUGCUUUUAACAGUCACAUGGGGCCUGCUCCAGGGCAGGGGCCUGGGCCAGGGCCUGCACCGGGCCCGGGCCCAGGUCAGGCAGGUAUGGGAGGUGGGGGAGGGCCACUGCCUAUUCCUCCUGGUGCGAUGAUUGGUGGGCAGGCAGGCAUGGGCUCCAUGGGGCAGCCUGGAAUGGGAAUGCCACAGGUGGGACCACCCACAAAUGCUGUAAUUCCAGGUAAGGGUGCCCAAGCUGCUGCCCAGGCUGCACUUAUGGCUGCUGCAAGUUCUGCAGGAUCAAGGCCACUAACCCCAAAUCGAGGAAUGAGUAGUUCACCUCGCAUGUACGGCUCGCAUGGCGCAGGGUCUCCAAACCCAGGUGGUCUGAGUUACAUGGGCAACCUCGGGAACCCCAGCCUGAACAGCAUGACAAACGCCAUCAACCAGAUCACCACCAAUAGUGUUUCUUCAGUGCCUAGCAAGCCCACCAGCCCAGCAGGCAGUGGUGCCAACAGCAGUUUACUGCAUGGGCAAGCUGCCAAUGGACCCUCUGCCUCGGGAGACAGCAGUAACAAUAUAACAAGUAGUCAUGGUGGUGUAGGCGGUGACAAUUCCAGCAUGAUGUCGCCUAUGUCUGGUUCCGAUACUCAAGAAUCUUCAUCACGCCCCAGCUCCACCACCACACCUGGACAGACAGCGGAUGCAGCCAAUUCAACAUCUGACACGGUGGGGUCCGAUGGCUCCGGCAGCAUGCCCAGUGAUUCAACUUCAGUAGAUAGUGGUUUCCAUUCCGCGCUGGAUCACAGUGAGAAGCCACCCUCUGAUCCAACCCCUACUCAGUCUUGCUCUCCUUCAUCUUUGAACCAGUUGCCCUCUGCCAAUGGAGUAUGUGAUGACAAGUCUAGUCAUGAAAUUGAUGAUACCAAGAUGCCUUGCAGUGAUGCUGAUGCCGUGUCCACUUACAGCAGUAACAACCUACAUACAGCGAGUGCAAUGACUUCUGUGGCUGCAGGUCAUUCUGGAACCACACAGAGCAUCCCAACCCCGGUGAGCAGUGAAACAGAGAACACAGGCAGUCAGACAUCAUCGUUGCCUUUCUCCAUGAUGACUGUUUCUAACAGUAGCACCAGCAAUGGCCCGCACUAUCCCCAUCAUCCCCACCAUGGGAUGGGGUACAUAGUCCCUCACGAGGGACCUAUGAGUAGUGCUCACAUGAUGCAGGGGCCAGGUAUGCAUCACCCAAGUAUGGGCAACAUGCCCUACAAUAUGCCGCACAGCAUGUCAAAUAGCAUGCCACAUGGUAGUGGUAUGCCUGGCAUGAUGAGCAGCAUGCCACCCAACAUGCCACCAGGUUCCAUGCCUGGAACCAUGCCUCCAGGCAGCAUGUCUGCCAACAUGCCUGGCAGCAUGCCCAGUAACAUGCCUCCAUGCAGCAUGCCCCCAGGCAGCAUGCACAAUAGCAUGCCAACCGGGAACAACAGCAUGGGAUCUGGCAAUAUGCCACAGAACAACUGUGUUCCAGUUCCUUCUUUGCCAGAUGAACCACCUGAGAAAAAGAAAAAGGACGGAGGGGUAGUGGUGGUAGCCCAACCAGGCUCCGCUGCAGGCCCCUAUCUUGAGGAAUAUGAAAAUUGCAGUAGCCCAGGUUGGCCGGGCAUGCCAAAGUCCUCAACUGAUUUGAGCAAGUUAUACGACAUGGGCAAUGAAGUGGACAGACGACCCUUCUUGGACAAACUACUAUCAUUUUUAGAAGAAAAAGGCACUCCUAUCACAUCAAUGCCUUCCAUCAGCAAGCAGCCUUUGGAUCUCUACCGACUUUACUUUUACGUUCGAGAAAAAGGUGGCAUGGUUGAGGUAAAUAAAGGUAAGAAGUGGAAGGAAAUCUGCACCUAUGUCAAUAUUGGGUCGUCAGCAAGUGCUGCUUUCACAUUGAAGAAAAACUACAUCCGCUAUCUGUUUGCCUUUGAAUGCAGACAUGAUAGAGGAAAUGUUGACCCUGCACCAAUUCUUGCUGAUAUGGAAGCUCAGCUAGAGAAAAAGCGGGAACAAAAGAAACGAGUCCCAUCACCUGGAUCACAAGGAUCACAGGAUGCCUUCCAGCCUCCUAGCACACCGAACAGUCAGAUGAUGGAGCAGUAUGCACCAGGCAUGCCUCCCCCUUAUAUGCAGGGUCCUGAAGGCAGUAUGGGUCCUAUGGGAACCCAUGUACCACCACAAAUGAUGAUGUCUAACAACAUGAUGGGCCACCCAGGCUCCAUGAUGGGUGGACAGCCAAACAUGCCCCCACACCCAUCUGCCAUGGGAGGGGGACCAGGUCCAGGGCCUGGAGGGAUGAUGGGUCCGAAUGGAAUGAUGAUGUCUGGGCCACCCAGUGUGGGGCCAGGUCAGGGAAUGCCUCCAUCGGCAAUGAUGGGAGGAAACAUUGGUCCACAGGGAGGGAUGAUAAGUAGCAGCACGUCCAUGAUGGGUCCAGGAGGACCAGCAGGUAUGAUAGGACCUGGGAUGCAUGGGCAUAAUAUGAUGGGACCUAACAGUUUUGUACCAAACAGCAUGAUUCACGGCUGCAACAGCAUGGGGCCCAGUAGUGGCGGCAUGGGGCCCAACAGUAGCAGCAUGGGGCCCAACAGUGGUAGCAUGGGCCCUAACAGUGGUGGAAUGGGCCCCAGCAGUGGCGGAAUGGGCCCAAACAAUGGUGGAAUGGGUCCAAACAGUGGUCCAUGCCUGCCUAUGAUGACACCUGCUAGUAGUGGCAGCAGCACAGUUGUUUGUGGCAACACAACCAGCAGCAGUAGUGGUGGGAGCAUAGGGCCUCACUCGAACACUAGUGUUCCCCUUCCUCCUAGUAGCACCCCAAACUCCAGACCUGCAACAGCUGACAGUGUAAGCAUACAGGAUCCGUUUGCUGAUGAUUUGAACAGCUCCCCUGGUCCCACACAAUUUCCGCAGCGUCCAGGUGGCAGUGGCCCCAACUCGGGUCCUGCCUUCUCCAGCAGUCAACCCCCAGUCAGCACCUCUGCAACUUCCAUGGCAGACUUUUGCAGCCGUCCAGCUGCAUCCCCAAGCUCAUCGACAAUGCCCUACUCUGGUGUUGGUCCCAGUGGUAAUCGACAGGGGAGCGAACCAGUCCAAAGCUCAUUCCGCCGCCCAGUGGACAGCUUUCCUCCUGCUUCAGCCCCUUCCUUUCCUGGUCGCUCUGAAAGUGCUCAGUUCCCAUUUGGCCAACAGUAUGAACGAGAAAGGUUUGAUCCGUCCAGUGUCAGCCACCCUGGGCCACAGUUUCGCCAGUCUCAGCCAGGUAUGAUGAUGUCCUCUGGAGGUUCAGAGCCAGCUUAUGCUGGCCGUUUUCCUGGGCAGCAGCCAGCCCCAUUCCGCCCACCAGUUCCUGGCGAGCAGUAUAGCGGGUCUCAGACUUUUUCAGGCCAUGGCCCAGGCUUUGGACCACGUACUCCAGUGCCACAAGAUCAAUAUAGCAGCUACUCUCCACAACCACAAGCACCCCCAUCCCAGCAGCAGGGUGCUUACCCAGGGGUUCGGCCAUCACCACCAGUUGGGCGGGAGAUGGCUGGUAGUCCAUAUGUUGGUGGGCCUGCAGGGGGGUCUGUAUCCCAGUAUCCUGACUGGAAUAGUACAGGGACAGGUCACAUGACCUACUCCUCACACCUCGACGGCCAUUCGGACUCUUACAUGAGUGGGAGGGAAGGUGGGCCCUGGUCCCCGAUGCAGCAACGCUACUCUCAGACCUCUGGCAGCAGUUACAUGCCCCCAGCUCCUAGCACUCCACCCAUGGGAGGAUCCUACGGCAGACCUCACCCACAGCGUGCCUCGCCCCAGGUUCGGGAAAAAUUACCCACAGCUCAGAAACCGCAGCAGAAAGCUGGGUCCGUGAUGCCCACCCCACAAUUUCCUCCUAAGAAGGAUGUGGUGUUUCCCCCUGACAGUGUCGAGGCGGUUCAGCCGCAGCUUGCAAAACGCCGCCGCCUUACACACAAAGACAUAGGCCCUGUGGAAGCUUGGCGAUUGAUGAUGUCUCUGAAAUCAGGACUGUUAGCUGAAAGCACCUGGGCCUUGGACACCCUCAAUGUUCUUCUUUUUGAUGACAGCACUGUGGCCUACUUCAAUCUCUCUCACUUGCCAGGCCUGCUGGAGGUACUGACAGAGCACUUCCGCGCUUCGCUUAUUCAUAUUUUCCCCAUCUUUCACGACUUGGAACUUCGCUGCAAGGGCGAUGUAGCUCAUGGGUGCCUGCGUGCUGCUUCUGUGACAGCAACAGCAUCAGAGAAGAAUCCAGAUGCUUGUGAGGACUUGCUGUUGCCAGACCUUUUGUCAAAGCCAUGUGAUUUCUGUUUGGACAAGGCAUCUUGCCCCAACUACUCUUUGGUGACUCGACAGGGCAAGCUGGUCAAGCUGGAGGAGAAGCCAGUGGAUUGCUCAGUUUUGGAGACCAAAUCUUGGGAUGUGUUUUGUAACUUUUCCAGCGGCUUCAGGCUGUGGCAAAAAGGUCACGGAGACACGACACAACACAUAGCUUCUUGUCUGGAGAGUCACUACACUCAUGAGUUGUUAUCAGACUUGUGUUUCAAGCUACGGACUAAGAAGUGUGCAGGGGCAAAGAGUAGAUGGAAUGAGGACAGCGAAAUAAAGGCAGCGUAUAGUGCAGAACGAAGUGUAGGAAUAGGGAAGUGUGUUCAAGUGAAAAGUGAAAAGUCUGUGAAAGACCUUAAGCAGGAGACAGAUGCCUCAAAACAAUCAAAGGAACAAAUCUCACUGAAGCAAGGUAAAGAUAAUCAUUCCGAAAUAUGUGACCAGGAAGUACACAGGAAUAAUUUCAUAAAGAAAUUGGAGAGAAAGAGUGAGCCCCGUGAUCCCGAACUGCAUCGCUGUGAAUCGAACGACUCUCUGCCACCGCCUGAACUCCCAGCAGCAACUCAGGACAAGCCCAACACUGAACAUUGUAGCACAACAGAUGACUGCAGUGGAAAUGCAUUGAAGGAAGAGGUGGACGAGAAACCUGCUCCUGACUUGGUUUGUGAGGGUGCAAGGGACAGCUGCCCAGAAAAAGAGCCUCGACUGCUUUGGUGGCAGCAGAAAAUGAAGGCAGCAAAGAGGAACAGGCUGAGAGACAAGAACAGCUGUGUGUGGAGGAUGACGGCACAGGAGAGGCUGGUAGUCAUGAUCAAAGAACAUGAGUCCGAGUUAGAGGAAGAGGCCUACCACAGGGACGAUGCACCAUUAUGUGUGAACCAGGCUGACCAGGAGGAGGCAGGAAGACGGUGUGUGGCCAUCUCAAACAUCUUUCGUAGCUUGUCGUGCAUUCCUGGGAAUGAGGUGUUGCUUUCAGGUCACCAUGGGCUUAUGCUGCUCUUGGGCAGGUUGCUGAUGCUGCACCAUUGCCAUCCUUCCCGCCCAAAGUCGCGUCCUGCAGCUCCCUUGCCACAAGAGAGUGAGGAGGGAGAAGCAGAGGUGGAACCAGUGGAGAUGGUGGAAGAGGAGACAGAGCUUGUAGAGGCUGAGCAAGACUAUGCCACAUCUGCCGAGUGGUGGUGGGACACUUUAGACGCACUGCGUGAGAACACUCUUGUGAUCCUUGCCAACAUCUGUUCCCAUAUGCAGAUGCGCGACAUGGAUCAAGAAGUGUGCAUGCCACUUUUGGAUGGACUGCUGCACUGGAUGGUGUGUCCUUCUUCCUGUGCGUGCGACCCUCUCCCAUCUGCUCCAAACACCUCCUUGCUCUCCCCUCAGCGUCUGGUGCUGGAGGCCUUGUGCAAGUUGUGUAUCCAUGAUGACAACGUGGACCUGCUCUUGGCCACCCCUCCUUUCUCGCGCAUUUUGCUGCUGGUUGCACGCCUUGUGCGUCUCCUGGCUGACCGAUCACAACCGGUGCCUCGAGAGUUUUCAGUCGUGUUGCUUUCCAGACUCGUGCAAGGAGACACCAUUGCUGCUCGCGCCAUUGCACUGCAGCAUCCUGCCAUAUCUCUGCUCAUUGAGUUCCUGGAGGCCGCAGAGCAGUCGGCCAUGGCAGUGGCCAGCCAGCAGGGUUUCUCUGUGCUUCAGAGCAACCCAGAGAUGAUGGGCACCAGCCUGGACAUGCUUCGACGUGCUAGUGCAACACUCCUGUGUCUUGCACAUGUGCCAGAAAACCGCAAGCUGUUCUUGCACCAUCAGAAUCGCCUUCUCACACUUGUCAUGUCUCAGAUCUUGGACCCUAGUGUAACACAGAUCAUCUCUGACGUGCUCUUUGAGUGCUCACAGCCUGUACCACCUCAGUCUUAAGCUGUGAACAUCUCGCCACGAGGGACUUUGAAGCUACUACCCCAUGUAGGCCAAGAGGCUGGUCAGAUGAGCUGGUAUGGGCUGUGCAUCACUGAUGUGUGCCAGCCUCUCAGUGCAACAGCUGCUUGUGCUGGCCCUGCUGUAUCUGUGUUUGGGAACAAAGCAACAGAGGUGCUUGCAUUUGCCAAGAUGAUCUCUCAAGGUGCUGUUCAUAAAACAAUUCACAUGAACUGGACUUGUUUUUUUUUUUUUUCUCCCCUUCCUACCUUGUAAUCUCGAACAUACUCUUUUACCAUAGUCCUAGAGCUGAAUGAACUGUGAUCAUAGGAUGGCAAGGGAAGUGAAACCUGACAAAACACUGACCAUUACUUUGCAGGUUGCACCGUCAUCUAUGGUUUAUAUAAACGUUCUCAGUAUGUGGCAGAAAAAAAUUGGAAUGGAUAAAUUCUCAAAUUUCUGGUUCUUAUUUGGCAAAACGUCAACAACUGUUUAGAACUCAUUUUGGUGGCAUUUUGUGUAAUGUUUUGCUUGUUGAUUAGCCACACAGCUGUUGGCUGAAAUUGUUUAUAAUUUUUCACAUGAAUCAAAGUCUGCAUCACUCAAGUCAACACAGUUGAAUUUGUACGCAGUGAAAAAGCCAUAUCACCUGGGGUUAGUUCAAAACCCUUCUCACUGUUUACCUGCUCACAGAAUGAUGUCCACAAAAGUUUUCCUUGCCCAUUGUAUAUUGUUUCCAAGUUUGAAUGAAAGAAACACAAAACUGCAUGUGUGAAUACCUCCACAUACAUUCGUCACAUCAUUGACUAUAUUCAGAAUCAUCAUUGUUUUAGACUACCCCCUCCUCCUCCUCUCCAUUUUUACAUGUUCAUGCAUGAAACAUCACCUUCUCCCCUAAUUCUUGCUGGUGCUGCUUUGUGCACUGUUAACAAGUUGACAGGCUUAUGACUAGCCCUGUUUGCACCAAGAUCAGUAAGUGUACAUGAAGUCAAGAUGAAGGACUGCAUGGAUGGUUGGUCUCGUGUCCAGUGGGCGUGUGUGCGUACGUUUCAGUUUUCAUCUUAUAUUGGCAUGAACCCUUUUCUUGUCAUAAGUGGAUGAGGCUAAGCCAUUCUGAGAGGCUACACUGUACCUCGCUGCCAUGUCACUUGCUCUGUAUAGAAACUACAGAAAACAAUGCCCUGUAGAUAAUCUUGAAUUUCAGGUUUUAUUAUUAAAAUAAAAUCCAUUUGUGAUUCCACUCAGCAAUUUUAAUGUUGUCCAAUUAUGACUUAUGACUUUUUUCAGUAUUUAUGUGUAUAUGAAGUAAAACUGAAGGAAAUGAA